GUCUCUUCAGAGUACAUCACUACGUCCCAAGAUAUCAUUCGUGAACAAAGAGAAAACGAAAGAGAGAAACAAUGGCAGGAAUUAUGAACAAGAUUGGAGAUACCCUCAACAUGGGUGGCGCCAAGAAAGAGGGCGAGCAGAAGGGACAGACCGGACAGUAUCAGGGCGAGCGCAAGGGACAGUAUCAGGGCGAGGGACAGUAUCAAGGCGAGCAGAAGGGACAGUAUCAGGGCGAGCGCAAGGGAGAGCAACAGGGUGAGCGCAAGGAAGGGAUGGUUGAUAAGGUGAAAGACAAGAUCAUUGGUGGUGGUGUUGGUGGUGGUGGUCAGAACAAGGAGGGGAAGAAGAAGAAGGAGAAGAAGAAGCACGAAGACGGCCACAAAAGCAGCAGCAGCGACAGCGACUAGAACAUCAAACAUGAUUUAUGCAUAGGUGGAGAGGAUCACAAUUAAGAGCAGGUCGAAAAAAAAAAAAAAACGUUGUAGUAGUUUUUAGUUGCUACUUGUUUAUUAGUAGUAUGAGGGUUCUUACCAGGUUGAGAUCCGAAUUAUGUAAGGUAGUUGCUACUUGUUUAUUAGUAGUAUGAGGGUUCUUACCAGGUUGAGAUCCGAAUUAUGUAAGGUACACCCACACCUAUGUGACUAUGUUUGACUUUUAAAAAAAAAAAGUUGUAGUAGUUUUCUUUUA